AUGUUAUCCCGUUUCACGCUUGAAAAUAAGUGGCUUUUACAAGCCUAUGGUCCCUAUGGAACCAGGGUAAGAGGCUUGACGAAGGUCGAGAAAAACGCAAUAAGCCAGACUACAUAUUGUACUAGUAGUAUUUUACAAACUACCAUUAAUGAUUCAAGCACGUUAGGUGAAAGAACAGCCCGAAAAUUAGUAAAACGUACACAAAAUAAUUGUGGGAGAAUGGUUUCAGGGUGAAGUGAACCAAUUAUAUACAUUAUGCUCUCACACUCUGGUCAACCCAAAAACUCAUUAACCCCUAUGCUUUCAUCCCGCAGUGGUAUAUAUAAGACCUGCUAGGAGAAACUGGAUGCCCUAGGGGUAAUAAUCCCCGAUAUAGAGCCCUGUCAGACUGGUAGCGACCCCUUAUGACAUAGACCUGAACCAAGGGGUGAUAAUCCCCUUGGACAGUACCUACGAUUCGACUGAUUAUAUUUAAUACAUAAAUAACCUGAGUCUAUCGGCCUGAAGUUGACCAUUGGAAACACUUGAACCCCGAACCAAAAUUUAUUUGUUUCAACAUAAACCAAUUUAAGUAUUUACAUAGCGAUAAUUUUCCAUGAGAAAAUUGUUCGAUAGUCUUUCUUGACAAAUUGUUCUUCAUAGUCCUCGCAUAAUAUUAGUUAGUACCCAUACAAUGCACCAGAUACCAGGAACAUGAACGAGUGGGUGGGUGUAAAUUUUCUUUCUCGGUAACAAGACAUUGCUAUUUGUUUGGAUAUUUGUCAAAUAAAACUCCCUCAUCACAUUAACCUUUGUUCUGCGUGCUCGUUCUUGACAUAGGAUUGGCCAGUUGAUCUUUCAUUCGGUACAUGUGCCCAGGGAAACAUUUGAACUUUGGCCUAUUCGAUAUCGCCUUUUUGUGGCUGUUGACAAACUUAUCCUGUCACUAUGAGAUUAUAACCAGGUUUGAAGGUGACAAACGUGUUGUCUCAUUAACUUUAAUUUAUAUAUUGUUAUAUAUAAAUUUGCUCAAAAGGAAAGGCACACAUCCAGUUCGGCAAUUAAUAUUUUGUACACUCCCAUGAAAAACUGAAAAUUUUUGUACCCUGCUUCGUACCUACGAUACAACAUAAAAUCAAAAUAUCGUUUAAUUUCAAACUAAGAAAAAUCACAUGGGCCAUGGCUCGCAUUUUGGGCUCGACAUGAUGUAGUCUGGGCUCGACAUAAUGUAGUCACAUUUGGAUUCGAGCAUCUUAUUGUAAAACCUACUGUACGACUAACAAGUAAAUUGCCGUAAAGCUUUAAUGUUGGUAAACAACAACAAAAAUAACGGCAUGUUUAAACAUAGUAGACAUAAAUAUGGGAACGACGAAAUUGAACGACGACGACUCAAAGCAUCGCUGAGAAACAAAGAAAAGUUGGAAAGAGCAUAACAACAGCUUCACUUGACUUUGAUAGUAAAAUGAUUAGAAAACUGUAAUGCCAAAGAAAAAUAAACAAAAAUUUAGCAAGUAUUUUAAAUCAUCCCACUCUUUGCAACUGAAGUGUAAACUUUUUAUGUCAUGUGGAAGCAUGUAAUUUGUUACCUUUCUAGCAGUCCCCCUUAGGCAAUACAUCGGUUUUGAAGAGACACGCGAUCAGCCGCAACCAGGGUCUUUCUUUCCUAAGAGGAGAAACCCUGGGAACGAGGUUGGUAUUAAAGGGGAAUACCGUUAAUCAUUAUGUCAAUAAGUCUUGUUUUCUAUAAAAUAAAUGUAUUAAUCGUUCGUUCAAGCAUUGGAUUGAAUUAAUGUCCAUAGUUAAAUGCCCUGCAUGGAAAAAUUUCCAGAAAUCUUUGUCAGUAUGUACUUGACCAGGACUUAUAAUAACACUCUUAAAAAUAGUAAUUGUUUUCUUGAAAUAGGAAUUAGAAUACUCAUUUCAAGGACUAAAUUGCUUGUUAAGAAAAAUGUUCUUGCUAAGUAUUUUAAUUCUUGGUAUAAGUAAAAACAUUCUAUAAAUUGGACGGAAAAGUAUUUUUUUACUAGAUUUAUGUAAUAAUAUUCUUAAAAUAAGUUCUUUGAAUGUUUGCAUGGCGAUAAAAUAUAAUUGUUUUUGUUUGUGGAAACACCACGUAAAUUUAUUACUGCAGUAAUAAAUUUACGUGGUGUUUCCACAAACAAAAACAAUUAAUAUUCUUAAAACUAAUAAUUAUUUUCUUGAAAUAAGUAUUAAAAUUCUCAUUUCAAGCACUUGAUUACUUGUUAAGAAAAAUAUUUCUUAUUAAGAAUUUUAAUCAAUUCUUGGUAAGUAAAAACUUUCUCACUAUACGGACAGGUAGUGUUUUGCUUGUUCUAAGUAAUAAUGAAAUUAAAAUAAAUAAUUAACUUCCUAAAAUAAGAAUCAGGAUUUUUCUGUGCAGCAUUCUUUGAUAACCAAACUUAGGGCCUGUUUAUAUGGAAGCCGGGCUGGCCCGCUAAGCGUGACAGCCCGGUAAGCAAGAUAUCGCUGUGUAGUUAUUUUUGUGGUAAAAAUUAUCGUGCGUUUAUGUGGACAAGCGAGGCGGGUUCGGUUGCCUAGCUCUCGCUUGAAUUAAAGAGGCGAAAUCUCGCUUAUUGCGAUGGAAAUUUCUCCAUAAAAGCACUCACAAGCAGGCUGACCCGAUUGCCGGGAUGAAAGUUCAAAGAUACCGCUGCAAGCUAUUUUUAACAACUGUCAAAACAAUUCAAAACAACAAAAUUGUCCCGGCAAGCGGGACAAAAUUUUCUCAUAUAAACGCAAGAGAAUUCAUCGAUCUUGCUUACCUGGCUGUCUCGCUAAGCGGAUCAGCCCGGCUUCCACAUAAACAGGGCUGGCCCUUAAAUUGUGUUUGAGACUCUUUAAGAAAAACGUAUUGUGAGUUUUAAAUUCACCAAAAAUUGUAAACCGUAAACGUAUUUCAACCUGUAUUGUUUGCAAAGUCUGUUUCUGAAUAAGUUCAAAUUCAAACUACAAUAAAGCAUUUGCGUCAGAUCGUCUACUUAUCAUACAGAUCAACCUUCCGAGCUUUGUCUAUUCAGAUUUUUUAUACGAUACCAAUUAGUGAAAUUGCUUGUAUUUCGUUUGUUAGAUAUCAAAGCCAGCGCAAGAUUUCGAAGGUAACACCGUAUGGUCGUCAUUAACACCGGAAGAAAUUAAAGCAAAGGUUCUCAGUGAGUCCGAAGAAAGAAAAAAACUAAAAGAGGUGCAAAAGCAGCAUUUCGAAGAUCUUAUAAAAAAGCCAAAUGUUACCGCCGUUGAUAUAGAUUAUAAGAGGAUUGAAGGCAAGGAGAUAGAUCAACUUGCUAUUGUGAUCUGGGUGAGAGAAAAGAAACCUAAAAGUGAAUUAAAUAAAGAUCAAAUUCUUCCAGAAAAGCUUGAUGAUUGCGUUGUAGAUGUUGUCCAAAAUGAAGCCACUUCGCAGGGAUUCAAUUGGAUGAAAUCACCCGAGAAAGCUGAGCAGGUUUGUAGAUAUUUGUUCCUCCUGCAACUGGUGUGAACAGGUAUAUGCUUAAGGUAUAGAACACCGAGUCAGCAUUUUUUCACGAAGCCCUUACCUGUGUCAUUUAGUUUCCAAUCCAUCGUGUGAGAGAUAUCGUGUAAUUAAUGCAUGUAUAAAAUACAUGUUGCAGUGUAAUUGGUGAACUGGGAGCGCCUCCGUUGUACAGGUUUGUUUUCUUUGCGAGCAAGAAAACAGCUGAAAAUGCAGACUUGACUUCAUCUUUUGACUGUAGCGAUUAAAGCUUUUAAACAUAUAGUAAAAAAAAAGAAUAGUUAUUUGCACAUUCGUUUAAUAACCAGAUCUAUGGUAACAAUGUUGAUUUUACAACGAUAACCUCAAAUAGUUUAUAUAAAAAAAUAGAAGAACUUAAGCUCAAUUGAGAAAGGUGAAGAGUGUGAUGCUUCUGGAAAGCAAGGAGACGAGUCAUGGAAAGAAAUUAAAUUAAAAGAAAAUGUGAAAUAAAAACAUGCAUAUGGAUGGAAUUGCAAAGUGAAUGCUGUGAACUUUUGAAACUUCCGCUGACUGCACAUCUGCGCAAAAUAUUUUAAUUUAACAGUGUAUUUUGCAUGUCACUGCUUGAAUGGUUUAAUCGUGUCUCAUUUUAAGAAUGCUUUAUCACUGCACAUUUUUGUGCAAAGUUUAGCCGAGCACAAGCGCGCUCUGCAAACAUCUCAACAUGCAUUCAAGUAUCAUUCACUGCAUUUUCCAAACUCAUAAUGAGAUCUUUGGUGGGAAACUUUGUUCAUCUGAUGAACCUUAACUAUAAUAUUAGUGCGGACGUUGGAUAAUUUGGCAGUUAUCAUUUCAAUUUCAUUCAAAUGUCAAGACGAAUUUUUAAUUCAGUUUUUCUGCUCAUUUUCUUGUGACAGCUUAUCACAGCAAAUUUUAUCACUGCACAUUUUAGAUUCUAUCACUGUACAUUUUACUUUUAUCACUGCCUAAUUGGUUAUCAUGCACUGAACACUAAAAUUAGGUAUGGGUUUAAUACAAACCGCUUUAAUACAAAUUUGCUAUCUGAUCGUCAAUUUGGCUUUUGACAGUUUCAUUCCGCAGCAUCUGCCCUUUUAGAUAGCACAAAUGAAUGGUUUGUUAAUAUGGACCUCGAUCGUGGUAAAAUUAACAUCGCAGUAUUUCUUGACUUUCAAAAAGCUUUUGAUACUAAAAGCUUUUGAUACUUUUGAUAUUUUACUAAAGAAACUUGAUAUGUAUGGCAUGGAAUUACCAGCCUUACAUCUUCUAAAAAGUUAUUUAACUAACAGAACACAAAUGUGCUCAGUUAACAGUGUAUUAUCCGGUACAAAGAUAGUCAGGUGUGGAAUUCCUCAAGGUUCCAUUCUUGGCCCACUUCUAUUCUUAAUCUAUAUAAACGAUUUACCAGACAGUUUGGAAUAUUCGUCGGCAAGAAUGUUUGCUGACGAUACAACAACUGCCUCAGGCGAAACAAUUUCUGAUGCAGAAGUGGCCAUCAAUCAUGACCUUGCAAAAUGUCAAACAAUGGCUCUCUGCAAAUAAAUGAUCUCGAAAUCAUGUCAAAACUGAACACUGAGCUAUUAAUCGGAUCUAGGCAUAAUAUCAAUAACUUAUCUCUCGCUCCCAAAGUGUAUGUCGGCGACAUACCAAUUAAAAGGGUAAAAGAAACAAAGGCACUUCGGUCUAUAUUGAUGAAUUUUUAUCUUGGAAUAAGCACAUUGAAGAAAUCUCCAAAAAGAUCUUAUCCGGAAUUGGGGCGGUCAGAAAACCAAAGUCUCAUGUUGAUCACAACACGUUAUUUUUUUAUUUUUUUUUAUUAACUUUACAAUCAUAUUAUAUAAAAAAAACACAUACAGCUAUGAUUGACGGAUUGGACAACAGAACUAGAAUCCCAUACUAAGUCCAUCCAUCUAACACUAAAACACGACAUAUUACGGACUGCAAACUGGACAACGUAAAUACUGAUUUUGCAGGCCUUUAUACUAUAUAAAACAUGCAAGAAUAAAUACAUAACUACACUUCUGUGAAAUUAUUUGUGAGGUUCAGUUUUGACCCCCACCACCACCAGCACCACUAGUUAGAAACCACUAACCACUUACAUGCAAACCAGGUCAGCGCGAGGUAGUGAUAGCGGUAAUGGAAGUCAAAAGUGAGUCCAGCCAUUUUACACCAGACUUUAGUCCUAACAACACGUAUUUUACAAUAUAAACAUGCAAGAAUAAACACUACACUAUCAAAAUUAUUUGCGAGGUUCAGAUUUGACCACCACCACCAUCAUCACUAGUUGGAACCACUAACCACUUACAUGCAAACUAGGUCAGCGCGAGGUGGUGAUGAUGGUAGUGGAAGUCAAACCCAAAAACCUCGCUAUUUAACACCAGACCAGCUACGAACAGCAGAUGAUAUUGCUCGAGCGGCAUUUCAAGCAACUGAAUAGUUUUCCAUGUCCUUGGAUGCUCAACAUCAAAGUCCGAGUUUAGUUUAUUAAGAUAAUGAGUAUAUAGUUUGGAUUUGAAUAUAGCGCAAGAGUUCGAUGACUUGAUAUGACUAGGCAGAUUAUUCCAUAGUAGUAUUAUUCUGUUAAAGUAGGAUGAUCUGAAGGUUGAGGAUUUACAAAGGUUAGGUCGGCGUAGGUCGGAUGAACUGAAACGAGUAGUGUGAAGGGAAGGUUGAGUGGAAUAUUGCUCUAUAUCUACUUCGUAGCCACCAGAUUUGCAUUUAUAGUAAAAUGUUAGAUCUUUAAUUUCAAACCAGUAGGAGAUUGGCAGUAAAUUUAAACUUUUCAAUCUGGAAGAGUACGAGGAAUGGUAGUCUUGCGUGAUGAACUUUGUUGCCCGUAUUUGAAUGCCUUCUAUUAGAACGAGGUGUCGAGGUCUCGCGAUGAUCCUUGGGGUGACCAAAUCUCACUGCCGUAAGACAGGUGAGAUCUUACUAAUGUUAGAUAUAGCAGGCGACGGCAGUGGAUGUUGGUGAGCUGUGUACAAUGCCGUAUUAAGAAUCCCAACAUUCGAUUGGCUUUAGCAAGCACAUGGGCAAUCUGAUUUGACCACUUUAAGUUAUCACUGAUGAAUAUCCCGAGGUCUUUUUGGAUAUUUACACUCUUUAUUUCUUCAUUAGCAAGGUGGUAAUUGGCUGGCAUAAUAUUUUUCUUCCUUGUAAACCGCAUCACGCUGCAUUUCUGCACGUUAAAACUAAGUUCCCAUUUGACAGACCAUUCUUGAAGUGAGUUAAUAUCGCGUUGGAGCAAUUGUUCGUCAUCAGUCGAGGUAAUUUGUCUGUAGCAUUUACUGUCGUCAGCAAACAUCGGUGUCUUGCUGUGAGUGGUUUCGUCCGGUAUUUCGUUUACAUAGAUGAUAAACAACAGUGGGCCAACUACACUACCUUGCGGGACGCCUGAAGUUACUUCGAGAAAAGAUGAUGACACGCCAUCGAUCACAACACGUUGUUUCCUUGAGCUAAGGUAGUCACAAAACCAGUUGAGCAAAGGGCCAGAUAUACCGUGAUCUCGAAGUUUCUGAAUAAGAUUUGGAUGGGAGACUGAAUCGAAAGCUUUCGAGAAAUCUAAGUAAACGACAUCGGUUGUCUUUCCAGAAUCCAGGUUCUUACCAAUAUCUUGAAGUACUUCCAGUAAUUGGGUUAUGCAGGAUCUGUUUGGACGGAAACCGUGUUGAAGAUCGUGGAGCGAUGGUUUGAUGAAUUCAUAAACUUGCCUGUGGACUAUAUGCUCGAGAACUUUAGAGAUUAUACAGAGAAGUGAAAUCGGACGAUAGUUAUUGAUUUCACUUGGAUCGUCUUUCUUUGGUACUGGAACGACGUUUGCUCGUUUCCACUCGCUAGGAACUUUGCCAUGGGCAAGCGACAUUGCGAAAAGUUCAGUUAAAGAUGGCGCCAGUUCUUUCGCACAUUCUCUCAACAAUGUCGCUGAUAUUCCAUCAGGACCAGUGGCUUUGGUGGUACAAAGACCAGACAACAAACAGCAAACCUCUUCAACAGAAAUUGUUAUAGACUCCAGACCAACGGCAUCCGUGCUGUUCACAGGUGGUAGAUCUGUCGCCGAGGUAGAUGGUGUAUUCGGUCGAAACACGGAUGCGAAGUAGGAAUUGAAUGCGUCAGCUUUUGCUUGCGAUGAGGUAAAACGCGAAUCGCCGUGUGCCAUUUUGUCGGCCGAGAAAUGCCUUCCUCCCGGCAUUACAAUUUGAGAGGUUCUUCCACUAAACUCUAUUUGCCCCAACCUAAGACUGACUAUCUUUAAAAAGAGUCUUAGCUAUAGAGGGGCUAAACUGUGGAAUAGCUCUCAGAUGAUUUACGAAAUAAUGAAUUGCUGGCAGCCUUUAAAACCAGUAUCGUAACACCUGGCCAAAUUAGUUAAUUAUUUAUUUAUUUUGCUAUGUAUAUAUCGAAAUUCUAUAUUUCCUUAAUUUAUGAUAUUUGUCUUUAUAUUUGUAUCUCUAAUUAUUUGCAUGUUGUUAUUCUAGUGUCUGUAUUAUAACUAAAUUUCUAUUUGAUUACGUAAUCUGAUUUUUUAAUAUCUACCCCCCUUCCCCCUGGAAAUCAGCUAUGUAUCGCUGCAAUGGUCAGCGUAGUAAAAUACAGUUUUCAGCUACCGUACCUACCUCCCAUCUCACACCUACCACGUAUUUCGUACAGACCGGAAAUGCAAAACUGGAGGUGGUGUUCUUAUCGCUUCAAAGGACUCGUCUUUUAUUGAUGUCAAGCAAGUAGCUAUUGAUGAAUUCUCUGAACCUGAAAUUAUUUGUGUCAAAUGUAUUUGGGGCAGAGACCCGCCGACUCUUGUUGUAUGCUGCUACAGAGCUCCCAAUUCUACUCGGAAAUGCCUUCACUCUUUCAAAGAAUUCCUAGACUGGGCUAAUCGUACCAACAACAAAAUUAUGAUCAGUGGUGACUUUAUCUUUCCAAGAGUCUCAUGGUCUGAAAACGCGGUCAUACCUAGUGGAGAUACCGAAAAUCUCAAACGUCUCACAGAAUCAAAAACAAUUUAUGACUACAAGCGUGCGGACUUGGGAAUGAGUCGGGCUAUGGAACCGUUGCAAUUUGAUUGGAUGACAAAUGAUAGCACUUCUGACAUUAAUAAUGCCUGGACCUCUACCAUGGAUAACUGGCGGAAUAUUGAAAUUGAUGAAAAAGAAGGAAACGUUACCUCGAAAAUUGCGACGCUCGUUUGCGAUUCGAUCAAGACCAAGCCGAUACAGUUAAGGAGAAAUACAAAAUCCUUCGAAGUACAGCCAGAGGCCGCGGAAGCAAUUUCGAAAGUGGAGGGGCAUUGGCCAAAAGAGACACUUUUGUAUAUGACCAUUAUCCAACGAUUUUCUGUCGUUCACGAGCCGAACAAAAUUCAUCUAUAUAACUAAUAAAUCUAUAUAACGUCUGAAACGGCCUUUACAGAGUCUUUACUACUACAAAAAGGGCACUUUCUUUCCAGCAAAAGAGGGCGUUCAUUCAAAAAAUACUUUUUCGUUCGUUAAAUGGGGCAUUUUAGACCAGAAAGAAGGGCACUUUUUUCACUUUUAAAAAACGUGGGGAGGUACAUGCCUCCAUUGCUUCCCCCCCCCCACGGUUCCGCGUUCCCUGAGUACAGCCAAGAAGUUGAUCAAGGUCAGGGUUCAAAUAUUUCAUCUAUUAAAUAAAAUUAUUUGAAAAAUAUAUUAUCCUAACAUCUAAAGUGAUUUGGUAUUUUGAACAGUAACAUCUAGUUAAUUUCGUUAUCAUGGAGCCAUUUCACUUUCUGAUUUUUAUCACUCUUAUAUUUAUUUCAUGCCUCUGUGGCAUGUUAGGUAGGGGAAACGUCGGUGGAGCAACAAAUUUGCAGCAAGUUCUUAAUUAUCCAGUAAAUACGGUUUACGUAAUACAGCUCUGCGCCAGAAGUUGCGUUGCAAUUUGCAGUAAAAAUUCUCUCGUGUAACAGAGCCUUUAUGGCAUGCAAUUGGUUAUCCUUUCAUAUUUGUCAUCUGACCUCUUCGCCAUUCUUGGGAUUUUGACUUUAAAAACCAUUCAAAUUAUGAUGCUCGCCAGAUUGUUAUGGCUAUAUUUGGAGAAAAAACUCGCUUGCGUCCUUCACAGCUCACAAUAUUACGUAUAAAAAUGUUGUAACACUUGGUUGUUGUAUAUAGAAACCUUCGCACAACUGGCUGCUUUAACGGCUCUCUCUUUAAUAUAAUUUAGAAAAUCGGAAAACAUGAAAUGGAGGAACCUCCUUUGAAGAAAUUAGGGGCUACGGAUGGGCCAGAAUUCGAAGAACAGCGAACGAAAAAUGCGAUCGUGGCAGGAAAACGUAAAAAACGGAAAUGUGGAAGUCCGGCAAAUAAAAAGGUAAACCCCACCACAUCUUUUCCUGUCCGUAGUCUACCCCAUUCUUCAGAAUCGUUGUCGUUGAACAAUAAACCACGCAUGUGGCAUUUCUGUCUUUUCUGCAACAAUUCGUCGCUGACAGCAACUUGCUGUUGAGUACUCUUUAAAUUUAAUUGAUGUCUAACUAAACCGAUAAAUACAUGCUCUCUUAACUAUUAUUUGAACAAAAUUUAUUGCAAUCAAUGGCCAAUAUAUUUGUGGACCAAAUAUUGAAAGUAUUCAUUUUUUUUUGGAAUGUCCAAUACAUAUACAUGCUGCCAAAAGACCGGAACCGUUCGCCUCUACUUGUCAAUUGCCUUAUUUGUUAAAUAAACUAAUAAUCGAUUCCUUUUAAUUAUUUAACGUUUCCCGAAAUUUAAGUAUUUGGGGAAAUUGUAACUUGUUUCAUUAUAUAAAACUUUAUGUAGCAAUCAGGUCAGUUGAAAUAAGUAAUAAGGGCAAUGAUUGCCACUCAUUUGCGUGUCAAUGUUCUUGUAUAUUAAAAGUGUGC